AGCAUAAAUGCAAGACCAGCAAGGCCUUCAACAAACAAGAGGUGAAGCAGUGGAAGCAUCUGCGUAUUCAACACCUGGAAGAAGCCGUUAAGAUAAAGCCUUCAUUUGUUGUCGCAAUUGCUGAUCUGGCACUGCUGCAUGGACAGGAAAUGAAUUUAAGCAGGGCUGAGGAGCUGUUCCAACAGGCAUUUCAGAAUUUAGCAACGGACAAAGGCGCUACUCAGGCUUUCCAUCUGAACUAUGCUGACUUUUAUCUCUAUCACACCAAACAGGAAGCUAAAGCGAUCCCUCACUACAUUGAGGGUCUGCGUUUAACACAGGACACAUGGGAGUGGAACCAGUGCGUUAUGAAGCUGAAGAUGAUCGCAGAGCGGCACCUCUCCUAUGACAAGAACGACGCCCAGUCUUACGGCCUGUUGGGUCUGGUGGCCAAAGCUGAAGGCAAAAAGAAGAAAGCUGAGGAGUUCUAUGAGAAAGCUCUGGACUGUGACGAAAACAACGAUGAGUACCUGUCUGCUCUCUGUGAGCUGCGCAUGGAGCUGCAGUGAUGAAGCACAGAGAUCAGAGCCCCGUUUCAGAAAGCAGGUUCAACAAACUCUGAGUGUAAACCUGAACUCUGAGUGGGCAAACUCAGAGUUUGCCGUUUCAGAACAGCUGAUCAGAAUAAGUUCAGUCAACCCUGAGUAUAUUGAGCCUGAUUGAAGCGCGUGCGUGGGGAUGAAAAAAAGCCUCAUCAAUGGAGCUCCGAUACUACAAUUCACCAUGGCAACGGGUAAAUAAAGGCAGAGCCUCCAUUUUAAUUGGGUGGAGCUAGAAAUAUGAA